GUUGUGGUUUUUGUUGCCUGUCGAAUAUACUAAAGUGAUUAUUUCGGAAUUCGCCAUUCAAUAAUAAAACUAUAAUGAAUCAUGAAUCACGAAUCGGUUAGUCUUGACUGGCAACGCGUUUCCCCUCGCGCGCCUUCCGCGCGUCCGCCAUAAGGAUGCGAGACCAUGUGCGAGACUCGAGAGUGAAGUGGAAGUGCCCAGGUGGAGCAGAGAGGCAAAACUGUCCUGUUCAGCACUUAAAAUGCAGGUUCUUGCUGCUGAUCUCAAGAUAAGGUGCUAGAGGAAUCACCUGGAAUCAGAGAGUCCCUAAUCAUUCAAAAUGCGGUGGUGUAAAUUCAUAAAGUUCAUCUUCAUGGUUGUGUUAAGCACCACCAUCUUUACUGUGACCGUACAUAAAGCUCCGUAUGCACAUUUAAAAAAACUUGUGAACAAUAGCAUGGUGGAGCAUCUCUUUCAUGAAGAACCCUGUGCCUGUAUGGAGCGUUGUUUGGCUGCGAGUGAUGACGAGUGGUUUACUAAACGUUUCAGAAAAGAUGUGCCACCAGUGCUCGCUCUCAAUAACAGCGACCUCCCCAACCACAUCUUUAAGUGGUGGCAAUCUUUACAAUCUAAGAGCAAAGCUAAUUACUCCGAAGUAAUUAAGGAUCUAUUUUCUGUCAUUCCUGGAGAGGAACGGUACAGAGACACUGGCCCGUCCAGAUGCCGAACCUGUGCUGUGGUGGGGAACUCUGGGAAUCUUUUAGGAUCAUACUAUGGUCCUGUUAUAGACAACCACGAUUUUGUAUUCAGGAUGAAUAAGGCACCAGUUCAAGGCUAUGAGAAAGACGUGGGAUCCAGGACAACCCAUCGAAUCAUGUACCCAGAAAGUGCCACCCAUCUGGACAACAGCACACACCUAGUGCUGUUGCCCUUCAAAAUACUGGAUAUCCAGUGGAUCACCAGUGCUCUGACUGAUGGAUCUAUCAAACGAACACGGUUUAAAGUUAUAGACAAGCUACAAGCCACCAGGGACAAAGUGAUGGUUAUGCACCCUGUUUUCAUGCAUUAUGUGCACAAUACAUGGCUGCACAUUAGGUCUCGAAGAUCUUAUCCAUCUACGGGUUUCCUUGUCCUAAUAUUCGCCAUGCACAUUUGUGAUGAGGUCAAUGUGUUUGGCUUUGGUGCAAACAGUAAAGGCACCUGGCACCAUUAUUUCGAAAAUACACCUAAGAGAUUCAAACGCACUGGUAAACACAGUGGAGGAAUUGAGCGUGAGACUAUCUUAGAACUUCAGGAAAGGAAGUUGAUCGAUCUGUACACAGGCUGGUGAAAAGGAUAAUGUGAUUGGGUAACAUGGUUAUGUAUUGAUGUUUACUUGUAUUUAUGAUAAAUGCAUGUAUAUUAUAAUAAAUCCUGCCUUGGUAACCAUUAUUUAAACUUGUUUCGAAAACAUGAAAAAAACAUGUUAUAUGUAGACUCCUUUAUUGUUAUUAUUAUUAUUUAUUAUUAUUAUUUCUUUAUUUCAAAUUUAUUUAUGACAGUUCUUGGUCUGUUGCAUCUGUCAGUUGGGUGUGUUUGUGUACACAAACAUGUGAUAUACUUUUUUUUUUUAAUGUAAUUUAUUAUAACAUUUAAAAAUUUUAAUAUACAUGCAACAGUUUAAAAUGAAGACUGUGAUAUAC